UAUACUUUCAGACACGGACUCUCCCUGUCAUAACAAUCUGGAAAACAGAAUGACUGACCUCACAUUUUUUUAAUAGCCCUUCAAAAUUUGAUAAGCUGUCUGUGUAAAACUGCGAGUACAAAAAAAGAAAAGUUAGACUGAAAGGUAUUUUGGUGACCAUGGCAAAACAAACAUGUCAUAUCUACCUGGCUCUGCUUCUGCUGCCUCUGUUUGCAUUCAGCACAGAUGCCAAGAUGGACAUCAUCACCAGUAAGCAAGAUGUUCAAGUUGGAAAUGAGAUUUUACUAUUGUGUAAAGCUGGGGGCGAGGGAGAUAUAACGUGGCAAAAGAAUGGCAUGGUGAUUGAUGAAGAGAGUGUAUCAAAGGUGGACGAGACCUCUUCUAAACUGCUCAUCAGGAAUGCCACAGUGGAGGAUGGUGGCAAAUACACCUGUUUGUGUGAAUUUGACAGCGGACACCAGGAUGACGUUCAGACGGAGCUUUAUGUUUAUGACGGUCCUUCAUUUGGAAGCACCCCCACCUACCAUGAGUUUUUGGAGGGUACAGAUGGGAUAUUGCCUUGUCUGGUGUACGGCCAGCCGGCAGUGGAGGUUCGCUGGAUAUACAACAAGGAGCAGAACUCUUUUUAUGGAAAUAAUGUUGGCCAGCAGCCUGAUAACACACUCUUGAUUGAGAAAGUGAGGAGACAGGAUGCUGGGACAUACAUGUGCCAUGCCCAGAUAAGAGGAAGGCCCAUCUACAAGCAGCUUUCCAUAUCUGUUGUUGUCAAUGCUCCUCCUACUGUGCAUCUGAGAGAAGAGGUGAAGAAAGUGAUAGCUGGACCAGAAACCAACGUUUCCUUGCUUUGUUUGGUCGACGGCCAUCCUAAACCUAAUAUUACCUGGAACAUGCCAGUAUUUUAUGACCCCUCACAUCACAAGUACAACUCUGACCGCAGCCAGUUGACCAUAAGAUCAGUUGUCAGGAACGACUAUGGGGAGUACGUCUGUACCGCCACCAACAAGAUCGCUGAAAGCAGUGCUACCAUCAUGCUUCACGUCUUUGAAUCCCCAGAGGUGUCUUUGUCUGUCGAACAGCAGAACGUCAACGUGGGCGAGCGUGUGUCUGUGGCCUGUAACGUCUCCGGCCAUCCUCAGCCUGAACUACACUGGAUCAACAAGUGCAAUGGACAAACACUGGACUCUUCUUCUGGUCGUAUCAGUGUUGAGGAAGGUGUGUUGGUGAUUGAUGAAAUAGUGCCCUCUGAUGGUGGUCUGUAUUCCUGCAUGGCUGUCAGCGUCACUGGCAAUGCUUCAAGAGAUGUUGCAAUUCACACGCAGCCUGGACCACCUUAUUACCUAUCAGUGUCACCUGGACCUGCUUCAGUAUUCUUCUCCCUUACAACUCUGCCUGUCAGUGGGGGGACACCAAUCACAAACAUCGUUCUGCAGUGGAGGAAAAAUGCAGCCGAGCAAUGGAAGGAGAUCACAGUCCCAAAUGCUGACACUAUGGCUGUGACUUCCCUCGAGCCUUACACGUUAUAUACUGUGCGUUUGGCGGCUUUGAAUGCUGUAGGACUGGGACAAUUCUCAGAAACGCACACUGCUCACACCCAAGGAAUACGAGGUGAACCAGACAGCCCAGUAUUAUUGUCUGAUAAGAUGAAUGUAGGGGACAACUCAUUCUCUGUCCCCCUUAAAACUUCGAAUGAUGGCGCGACUCCUCUCCAGCACUACACUCUGCGAUAUCGACAGGGUAAAGAUGGGGCUGAGUGGACUGAGAAGCAACUGUCAUCCAACACUGACUCUGUCACUCUCAAAGACCUGACUUCCGGCUCUGACUAUCAACUAGAAGUCAUAGCAGUAAAUACUAAUGGUUCUUCUCUCCCUGCAACAUUCAACUUCACCAUUGCAGAACAACCUGUGCACAGCCGCAUGACCAAAGGCAGCGUGGUUGGCAUCGUCAUGGUGAUCUUCCUGGUGGUUUUCUUGGUGGUGGAUGCCACCUGCUGCUACAGAAACCGUUGCGGUCUGCUAAUGUACAUUGCUGUAAAACUUUUUGGACAGAAAGUUCCAGGCCUCAAAGUGCUUGAAGAAGGGGAGGGUACCACAAAAGGGGAUAUGAAGUUGAAUGGGAUGUCUACCCCCAGAGGUGGCAGACACCAUUCAGGAGUUGACAUAAACUCUUCUAAGGAAGGCGGACCACUCACAGAGGUCACCUGUGACAAAGCGUCUCUCACUAAACAAUAGAAAACACAACCAGACAGAAAUCUGCCCAAGACAGUCGCAUCAGGUUAACAACUGGAAGAAAAACUACAUACAACUGAUUUUCAAAGAGACGACAACUUCAAUCGAAACAGUCAACAAUGUUAAGAAAAAAAUGAAUGCUCGGUUCUUUCAUUGUUGGAUGGACAGCGAAGCGCGUGAGUCUCUAUAACAUAAUCUCAUAAUGAAAACCUUCUAUUUUGUACUAAGGCUGUUUCAGAUGACAAAUGAUACAAUAACAGUAUUAUAUGUAAUAUGUAUUAAUGUUCAUUGAAUUCGUCCAUUCACUGGGUGGUGGUGAGAUCGGUCUUUUACAGGGUAUUGAUGUAAUUUAUUUUUUAAAUUAUAGUGUUCUGAAACCGGCACAAAAGUGUUUUUUAAUGUUAUAAACAGGCCAAAAAUGUUUGUUUAUUUCUAACAAUAUACAUAGCAGCUAUUUUACCAUAACUGCAUGUCUGUGUUCAUUUGAUGUUUUCAUUCUUAUUAAUUUGAGAGUUUAUAUGAGCUGCUAUUUGCUGAUCUUCUUGUUAUGACAAACACAAGCAAACACCUGAAAUUAAACAUUCAUUGCAAGUACUUGUAUCAUACUGAGCACGCAAUAACAACAUAUUCAAACUCAGAUGAAGCAUUUUACACAGUUAUUCAUGUUUGUAAGGCACAUGAGUUAAUGAAGUACUGUACAUAUUUCUACACACGUGUGUUUGUUUGAAUAAUAAAAUAACACAAAAAUACACUUUGCCGUCUCACUUUAUGUUCUAUACUCACCCAUCCAUUUUCUACCGCAUGUCCCUCUCGGGAUUGUGGGGGGUGCUGGAGCCUAUCCCAGCUGCAUUUGAGUGGAAGGUGGGGUACACCCUGGGGAAGUCGACACAACACAGAUAGACAGACAACAUUCACACUCACAUUCACACACUAGGGCCAAUUUAGUGUUGCCAAUCAACCUAUCCCCAGGUGCAUGUCUUUGGAGGUGGGAGGAAGCCGCAGUACCUGGAGGAAACCCACGCAGUCACGGGGAAAACAUGCAAACCCUGAGCCCGGGGAUCAAACCCAGGACCCUCUAACUGUGAGGCACAUGCACUGACCCCUGUAGCACUAUGCUGUUCUAUGGGUGUCCAAAAUUUUUUCACUGAGGGCCGCAGACUGAACAAUCAAAGAAUUGAUGGUCGUUUUGAUAUUUUUCACUUUCGAAACUAAUACAUUGAUUUUUAUUAAAAAGAAAAUCAUCCUUCAUGUCAGCGUUGUGCUGUUAGCAUCAACAUUUUAACAUUUUAAUUAGAUUACACCUGUUUUGUCUUUCAUUCUGCGGGCCACCAA